AUGAGCUCAGUAGUGCAUCCUGGACCCCUACACCACCUGAUGCAGCAUCCUGGACCCCUACACCACCUGAUGCAGCAUCCUGGACCCCUACACCACCUGAUACAGCAGCCUGGAACCCUACACCACCUGAUGCAGCAUCCUGGACCCCUACACCACCUGAUGCAGCAGCCUGGACCUCUACACCACCUGAUGCAGCAUCAUGGACCUCUACACCACCUGAUGCAGCAUCCUGGACCCCUACACCACCUGAUGCAGCAGCCUGGACCCCUACACCACCUGAUGCAGCAUCCUGGACCCCUACACCACCUGAUGCAGCAUCCUGGACCCCUACACCACCUGAUGCAGCAUCCUGGACCCCUACACCACCUGAUGCAGCAUCCUGGACCCCUACACCACCUGAUGCAGCAGCCUGGACCUCUACACCACCUGAUGCAGCAUCAUGGACCUCAACACCACCUGAUGCAGCAUCCUGGACCCCUACACCACCUGAUGCAGCAGGACCUGAUACAGCACCCCCUACACCACCUGAUGCAGCAUCCUGGACCCCUACACCACCUGAUGCAGCAUCCUGGACCCCUACACCACCUGAUACAGCAUCCUGGACCCCUACACCACCUGAUGCAGCAUCCUGGACCCCUACACCACCUGAUGCAGCAGCAGCCUGGAACCCACCUGAUGCACCACCUGAUGCAGCAUCCUGGACCCCUACACCACCUGAUGCAGCAUCCUGGACGCCUACACCACCUGAUGCAGCAUCCUGGACCCCUACACCACCUGAUGCAGCAUCCUGGACCCCUACACCACCUGAUGCAGCAUCCUGGACCCCUACACCACCUGCUGAUACAGCAGCCUGGUGGACUUUGGUAA